UUUCUCUUUUAUUUUCAUCCUUAUGGAGGAAGGUGACACUAAUAAUGGUCGGUCUUGAUAAUGCUGGUAAAACUGCUACAGUCCGAGGAAUUCAAGGAGAGUCUCCUGAAGACGUGGCUCCAACAGUUGGGUUUUCCAAAAUUGAUCUUAAGCAGGGACGCUUUGAAGUGACAAUCUUUGAUUUGGGAGGUGGAAAACGAAUUCGGAAUAUCUGGAGGAACUACUAUGCUGAGUCCUACGGGGUGAUAUUUGUGGUGGAUUCCAGUGAUGUUGAAAGAAUGGAAGAAACAAAGCAAGCCAUGAUAGAAGUUUUAAACAGCCCUAAGAUAUCAGGAAAACCUGUAUUGGUGCUGGCAAAUAAGCAGGACAGAGAAGGAGCUCUGUCAGAAGCAGAUGUAAUCGAGUCCUUGUCUCUGGAGAGGCUUGUCAAUGAACACAAGUGUCUCUGUCAAAUUGAACCUUGCUCAGCUAUCAUGGGCUAUGGGAAAAAAAUUGACAAAUCAAUAAAAAAGGGGUUAUUUUGGCUUCUACAUAUCAUAGCCAAAGAUUUUGAUGCCUUAAAUGAGAGAAUCCAAAGAGACACCACAGAGCAAAAGGCAUAUGAAGAACAGAAGAAACUGGAACGAGCUGAGCGAGUAAGAAGGAUACGAGAAGAAAGGGAAAAAGAAGAAGGAGCUGUACCUGAUGAGGAAGACCCUGAGCCUGGGAAAUAUCAGAACCCCUUCCAGCCUAUAUCUGCUGUAAUCUCUGAGAAUGAAAAGCAAAUAGAAAAGGAGAAGAAGCGGCAAAGGUUGGAGACUGAAAAGGCUACAAUUGUCUUGAAAUCACAAACAGAGCAGGACCAGAUGGAUGCCCAGCACUUACCAAGUAGCAGCAGCCAAAACACAACUGACAGCAGACUAGAAAUGUGCAAUUCUGCAACUACACAGCUUUUGCAGCACUCGGAAGAGAAUGAUCACCAAGCCUCAGAUUGCCUUGACUCAGAUAACAGUAAGAAAAAAAGUAAAAAACCAAAAUUAAAAAGGGGCCACAGAGUAGAACCUAUUAAUCCAGAGGAUUCUCUUCCCAAAAAUCCAACACCACCACCAGCACUUCCACCAGUUGGCUGGGGAACUCCCAAACUAAAUAGACUUCGAAAACUUGAGCCUCUUGGUGAAACACAUCAUGCUGGCACAUAGAGAGAAGGCUGCAAGAGAGAAAAGCCAGAUGAAGAGAUUUCUAUGGAAAGCCUCUGCCCCCACUGACUCUACGCCAAAGACCCAACGGUGACACCCAUGAUGUCGUUGCUUAACUGGAUCCCAAACAGAAUUUAAAGCCACAAAAUGAAAAAAUUCCAUCAGAAACAUUUUUUUUGCCCUUGAAGGAAAAUUUUUAAAGUGACACUUUAUCGGCAUGUUGCAAAAUGACUUGGUGACAAUUAAUCUGGAGUUCGUUCUGUCAAACUUAGUUGAUCUUGUCAUUCCACAUCACCAGCACUUCUUCAGGGUUCAGUGUGAAAUAAGAAAGGUCUGUGUGUCCAUGGAUGUGAACAUGGUAUUGAAUAUUUACUUGUGAAAAUACAUAUCCAUAAACCUGAAGAAAAACAACUUCAAGAUCACUGGAUUGUACCGUCCCAUCGAGACCUUCCUCCAGGUGCUGUGCAGUCGUUGGUAUUUUUUCAGCUCAUAAAUUAUUUUGUAAGAUUCAUUGUAUGAUACGGUGACUAUAGAAAGGCUAAACAAAUAUUGAGUAUAUUUUUCUACCUUUUUAUAAAAUGAUUUGGAGUGGACAUGUGUACCUGCUACCAAUAAAGUGAUACCUUGGAAGCAUUAGAAAGCUGAUGGUCAAGUCAAUAUAAAUACAGUGUGUUUGACUCUUACAGUAGCAAAACGCCUUUAUUAGGGAUUAUAUUACUAGGUGUAGUAUUUCAUAUUUCUGGCAACCUGAAGCAAGGAUUAAGACAGAAAGUUUAAAAUAACUACAUUUUAUACAAAAUAUUGCUAUUUGAACUGUCUGAAAGUUUUCUUAUCUGUUGUUUUCUUUGUUUUGUUAACUGAAUCUGACAUAGGUAAUAAAUUCUGUGGAAAAAAAAUUUAGUUGGAUAUUGUAUUGACUACUACAACAUACAAGAAAAUUGCACAUAGUGGAAGUUUUGCACUAAUUCAGUCAUGAAUUUUGAUGGAAAACUGAACCAACCAAUAUGCAGAUAAACUCCAACGGGGUUUAAUCUUGAUAACACUAAAAUACUAUCUUGAAAACUAAAGAAACCCCAGGGUUUUAAGGAUUUAAACAAUACUUCCAUGUAGUGUGUUUAUCUACAUUAAAAAAAAUCACAUACAAGUGAUUAAUUAACAACAAGGGUUACAAAUUGAUAUAUUCCUGUUUAAAUGUUUUCCCUCUUAUACUAGAGACAACAAUUGGUGUCUUGUGUAAAGUAUAUUGUUAUGCCACUUAGUUACAGUAAGGAUGAAACCCCCAUUCAAAGGGAUUUUUUUGAAGAAGGAGUAUUUGAUUAUUGAUUAUUUUAUAUUACUCUCCAUCUUCAAUAACAUGGUAAUACCAAAUUACUUCAGGAGAUGUUAAAACAAUGCAAUGUUUAUGUUCAGCACUUUGAUAUUGGAAAUCUUUGCCAUAUGCCCCUUAUGAGUUGCACAAAUAGACAUCCACCAUAUUAAUCAAAAUUAAUUUUUAUUAAGAUUUUUACAGAAUGUGUUUGGGGGGUGGAAUCCAUCUUGAGGUAAGUUUGGAAUGGGUGGAGAGGUAAAGUCCAAGUUUAGUGAAAGGAUGAAACACUUUGUAUGUGACUACAUGAGAAUACUUUUUUGUAUUCUAAUAUUGUAACAUAAUUUGAUUAUUCUCAGAAUUUGGUCAUUUUCACUUGAAACAAACACAAUAUUAAGUGGAGGGGAGGUUGCAUAAAUGUUUAUGUGUGCAAUCUCAAUUUUAACUUUAGCUCUGUUACCACUUAAGUUUUCAGCUUAAAGGCUCUACUUAUUUUUUUUACAGCUUCAGUUUCUAGGAGUGUAUUACCCUUUUAUUUUACCUCCUAUCAAAAAUAAAUGAAUGAAAGUCUUCACUGAAAACAAAGCUGAAUGUGCUAUUGUAACAACGUCUGAGAAACUAAAAUGUCAGGUGUUGAUACAUAUGAACUGUUUUAUGUAUGUUGUGUGUGGACACAUGUAUCAUUUUUGAUUUUGCUUUUAAAAUAAAUUUUACCAGUAUGUGACCAAAGUA